CACACGGGCCCCCUACGGAUGAAGGCAACAACCCCUUGAACAUCAGGACUGGGCUGAGAUCAACAUCCCUGAGGCAUGGCUCUGACACUCUGAUUCCUGGGCCCCAGCCAUGCUGCUAAGUGCGAGUGGCCCAGCCUACCACCAUCCCCCAUCCUCAGUAGCAGCCCCAGACACUGCCCAUCAAGCAGAAGGCUCUAGACUGCAGUAACCGAGUUGGUCAUCGGUGCUGGGAGUGAGGCCAUUACUUCUCCAGAGACCUCUGCUGGUUCUCUGUUGCCUACAGGAUAAAAUCCAGACUCCACAGUGAGGCCCCAGAACCCUCAUCGAGUCCACUAAGCAACUUGAUUCUUCAAGCAUGACCUGUAUCUCCAUGCCACUGUAUCAUUUCUUCAGGCCUCCAGGAUGGCCAUCCAGUUCCGUUCACUUUUCCCCUUGGCAUUGCCUGGAAUGUUAGCACUCCUCGGCUGGUGGUGGUUUUUCUCUCGUAAAAAGCAUGUCAGCAGCCAGGACAGACAGGUGGAGGCCAGCGCUGUGGAGCUGAGGGCUGGCCAUGCCAUCAAAGAGCCACUCCCCAUGGAGGACCCCCAUCCUGGAGUAGCAUCCAUGCCCCCCAGCAUUGCGCUGCCCGCGGAAAAAGAGCUGUCCACCUUGAGCAAGCCUCCCGCCGAGCCCCCAGCCUUGCUGCGGGCACAUCCAGCCUGUCGCAGGUCAGAGUCCUCAGGCAGCCUUCCUAACAGCACAGAAGUGAGAUUUCGACCGGGAACACGCAGAGAUGACAGUACAAAGGUGGAACUAGCCCUGACGGGUGAUGAAGAAGCCAAGUCCAUUCCUCCUGAGUGUCCCCUUCUGACCCCAAAAGGUGUUCCUUUCCCCCGCGAAGCGGCUGAGGUGUGCAAGCAAGAGUCCCCGUUCAGUGGGCCGGCGGGGCGGGGUGGGCAGGGCCAGGCUGCGGCCCCCCAAGAGAAGCCAAGAGAGACGGGUGGGGCGGAAGGCACUGGCGACGCGGUGUCAGCAGAAAAUGUGCCGGAAGAGAGUGUGUUGUGCCGGGAGCGUGGCUCUGAAUUGCAGACCAGCAAGUUGCCCACCCUGGCUCCCUUGGGAGGUGCGGGGGAGAAGGGGAUUGGCCGCCCGCCACAGGCCGAGGAGGACGCAGCGGGGCAGCUGCUGAGCAGCCUCGUGGGGUCGGCUCACGUGGAGCUGACGGAGGACGGCGAGCCGCCGGUGCCUCGGGCCAGUGGCAGAGCCUGUGACGCACACCGCACAGGAGAGCCGGGCACAGGGGGUGCCGCGGAGCAGAAUGAGAAGAUUGAGCAGGCUGCCUACCAGAUCAUCUCCAAAGUGAUCUUGGAGGCGACCGAAGAGGUGCUGGCCACCACCAUGGGCAGGAUCGCAGGUCGGGUGUAUCAGGCUUCGGCCGGGCAGCUGCACGGGCAGAAGGAGGAGAGCCGCGCCCCAGCCUGCCAGAAAACCACCCCAGGGCAAGAGGCCGAGGAGCCAGCUCCGGCCGCCGUUGAGGCAGAGGCGGCCUCGCGCGUGUCCGUGUCAGAGUCAGACGCCGCCCUCCUGUUGCCAGGCCCGCCCGCGGAGGACCUGCCACCACCAAAGACCUACGCGAGCUGCCUGAGCAGCCCUCUGUCCAGCCCCAGCAAGGACAAGAAGCCAAAGAACUCUGCACACCACAUCUCCCUGGCCCCCUGCCCACUGCCUGCCGUCCCCCAGGGGGAGUUGCUAGAUGGGGCACGUGUCCUGGUGGAAGAUACCGGAUGUGUCACCUGCACCUCUGACAGCAGCCAGAAUGUCCCUUCAGUGGUCUCUGAGCAGUGCUCAGAUUCCAUCAGCGCUUCAGGGCUUGAAGACUUGUGCACGGACACCAACUCAAGCCCCAGGGACAAGGCCAUCACCCCGCUGCUGCCAGAAAGUACUGUGCCCUUCAGCAAUGGGGUGCUGAAGGGGGAGCUAUCUGACUUGGGGAAUGAGGAUGGAUGGACCGCGGAUGCGGAAGCAGAUCAUUCGGGAGCUGGUGUCUGUGUGUCUGUGUAUGCCGCUUCCUCCCCUGCAGGAUCGGACAGGAACAGCAUGGAUUCAGUGGAUGGUUGCUGUGGCCCCAGGAAGACUGACGGUUUCCAGAACGCCCAAGCGGGCUCCAGUCCUAAGAAGGUCGACCUCAUCAUCUGGGAGAUCGAGGUGCCAAAGCACUUAGUUGGUCGGCUAAUUGGCAAGCAGGGGCGGUAUGUGAGUUUUUUGAAGCAAACGUCUGGUGCCAAGAUCUACAUCUCAACCCUGCCUUAUACCCAGAACAUCCAGAUCUGCCACAUAGAAGGCUCUCAGCAUCAUGUGGACAAGGCGCUGAACCUGAUUGGAAAGAAGUUCAAGGAACUGAACCUCACCAAUAUCUACGCUCCCCCACUGCCGUCACUGGCACUGCCUUCUCUUCCAAUGACUUCCUGGCUCAUGCUCCCCGAUGGUAUCACUGUGGAGGUGAUCGUGGUCAACCAGGUCAACGCUGGGCACUUGUUCGUGCAGCAGCACACGCACCCCACCUUCCAUGCACUGCGGAGCCUGGACCAGCAGAUGUACCUGUGCUAUUCUCAGCCCGGGAUCCCCACCUUGCCCACCCCGGUGGAAAUCACGGUCAUCUGUGCUGCCCCCGGUGUGGACGGUGCCUGGUGGAGAGCCCAAGUGGUGGCCUCCUACGAGGAAAGCAAUGAAGUGGAGAUCCGCUACGUGGACUACGGUGGAUAUAAGAGAGUGAAAGUGGACGCGCUCCGGCAGAUCCGGUCCGACUUUGUGACCCUGCCGUUCCAGGGAGCAGAGGUCCUUCUGGAUAGCGUGAUGCCCUUGUCAGAUGAUGACCACUUCUCACCUGAGGCCGAUGCAGCUAUGAGCGAGAUGACGGGAAACACAGCACUGCUGGCUCAGGUGACAAGUUACAGUCCGACUGGCCUUCCUCUGAUUCAGCUAUGGAGUGUGGUUGGAAAUGAAGCGGUGUUGAUAAACCGGUCGCUGGUGGAGCGAGGACUUGCUCAGUGGGUAGACAGCUACUACGCAAGCCUCUGACCCCCGCCCCCCACGGCCUCGUCGGAGUCUCUUGCACUGGUGACGCUGGGCUUGGCGCUAAGGCAAAGACUUUACAUCAGAAUAACAAACGUUAUCUUCCCCGGAAAGUUCUCUUUUUUUUGUACUGUAGUCACGUUGACAAGGAGGGAACCGUGGGUUCUUUCAAAGCCAUAGGAUGGUGUUGAAUGAGCUAGUCGGCUUAACCUGGUUCCAAGCCUUUAAAAACAAAACAAGACAAAAAGCCGAAUUAGAAAGGGUGGCAGCCGGGCUGUCCUCCACCACCUGCACUCCACCGUCCGCCCCCCCCCCCUCCGCAAGACCGAACCACCGCAGCCACUGGCUGAGGGCUGUGCUGCUUGCUUCAGAGGGUUUCUUUUACUUCAUUCAGAAUCUUUCUUCAGGGAGCAAGACAUGAAAUCACUAAUCGGCAUUGAUUACUUGUACAGCUGUCGUAAAUGAAUUUAUGAUGUUCAACCAGUUUUUAUAAACUUCAUCUAGGUCUCUCAGAAGGCAGACUUUUUAAUGCAUAUGUAAAUACGAAGCAGUCAUACCUCUGGCCUUGGUCCCUGGGGGAGGGAAGCUGUUAUCUCGCCAAGCCUGGUUGUAAUUUGUAUCCAUUUUCUAUUUGUGCAAACUCUGUAAAUAUAUGUUUAAAAAAAUGUAAUAUUUUGUAUAAGAUACACUGGAGAACAAAGGGAACUCAAGAUUUUUCCACACCCACAUCAUCUGUGAGCAGAAGUUCCUUCUGUGGACUACAGCCGCCUGCCUGGGCCAGCUCCUCAGGUGGCUUCCUGGGUGCUGGCUGGACAGGGUGACUGUGUGCUAUAGAUUGUGAUUGGGGCUUUUUUUUUUUCUUUUUUUUUUUUU